AUGUGGUUCAAAGUGAGUCAAUUUCUUUCAAUUGCAAGAACCAAAGAAGCGGAAGAAAAGAUCGAAGAGGAACAAGAUACACUGGAUUUACAAGAUGCCGAACUUUUCCCUACGACGUUACUACAAGGACCUUUGAAAGAGCGAACCUCAGAAAUUCCACCAGGUGUAUCAUCAGAAUUUUAUAAACUUUACAAAGAAGCAAUUCAAAAAACUCAAAAAACAACUCCUUUACAUGAACUUCCAAGGCAUGGACGAUUAAAUAAUUUAAUUUACCAUAUUCAAACGCGUGAGGAUUCUUUAUUGCUACCGAAAGCGAUUGCUCAAUGGCGUAAAAAGUUAUUACCUUCAACACCGAUAACAACUCGUUUCAUCAUUAAAAAGUGUUGUGAAGUUAAUUCCGAAGACGUUGUCUUUCAAAUGUUAACGGAUAGAGCACAAUAUGCUUUAUUACCUAGUCAAGAAGGAUUUAGACGGAUCAUGUUAGCUUUUGCUAAUAAAAUCGUUGAUCCGUCGUCGGAUGAGAUGAGCCUCUCUUCAAAUAAACAGGAGAUAUUAGAUAAUCUUUAUAAAACUUUUGGAUUGAUGGCUUACUAUGAUAUCUCUCAAUAUGAUGUUCAUCUUUAUACCAUCUUAAUAUCAGCUUCCUUAAAGUUGGAAAGUUGGGAGAGAGUUGAUAUAACCGCUUCGGAAUUAUUAGAAAAUUUAGAUAGAAUGAAUAAUGAAGCUUUGGAAUUACCUCCGAUUCCUUCUGAUUGGGAAAAAAGUGAAUUAAUAAAGCAUGACGAUAAAUUUACUGAAUAUAGCGUUGAAUCACGAAGGAGUAGAUUAAAAUCUUGUAUCGAUAUGGCGGAUAUAUUAUAUAAACGUUAUACCGAAUCAAAAUUAGAUGAAAAUAAGGCUGAAAGUUUCAGAAGAUUAAUUGAUAUUUGGAAUGAAAAGUUGGAUGUGAAUAGUUAA